AUGCACCCAACUGCUCAAUCAACUUUCAUCCCUGAUCUGGAUAUGAACCCACCACCGACCUGGUCAAAGCCGACCUCUGCCCUUGGACUCGCCAACCCCUUGCACCACCUCCCUCAAACCCAACAGGUCCGACAGCUUCAAGAACAGAUCCAACAACACCGUCGGCUUCAACAGCAGCAAUCCCAGUCCGGAUAUGGUCUUGGCGAACAUGUCAUGAGGAAGAAGCACAGUCAGGGCGGCAGCAAACCCAACAGUAACCAAGAUCGUUCAUUUCAACAAUCCUUUGGUGCAAGUGGAGGUAGCAGUACCACCCAUCAACAUAUCAACAUCAAGAACACCGAUGAUAUGAACAGUGACGACGACCUUGACAAGGAUGAUGACGACGAGGACGACGAUGACAACAUCGAGACAUCGGACGACCGUCAGCAUAGUAGUAGUGGCAUGCAAAGUCUCCAUCACCACCGCACUCUGUCCCACCCUCAAUUGACCCAAGGAUUCUCAAUCCCUAUCGGCUUUGCAGGCUUCACACCGUCAUCGCCCCUCUCGCCGUCGUCUCCUGGAUCGAUCGCUUCCGAAUCAGCGUCGAUGACUGCCUCGAUGCUUUCGCCCGGGCUCUUAUCCCCCACGAGCGGAAUUUACUCAUCCGGUGGAAGUCAUGCAAACCACAACCCUAACAGCGGCGGCAACAACAACAACGGUGGUGUCCACGGGAUCGAGUCUUCUCUAGCCUCGUUGGCUUCGCUGUCAGUGAUGUCGUCUUCGUCGUCGGUCAUGCCCAUGUCCAUGCCCACAUCGUCCCGCGGCCGGAACACAUUCUCGUCGCCGCAUCACAACUCUAGCCAAAUGGCGACCACACCGACCACGUCGUCCUUCCAGCCUCAAAGUUUGCCGGUCAUAUACCAGAACCAACCGUCGGCCUUUCACAGCAGUGACGGUGGUCACAAUAAUGCAGGAGGCUUUAUGCCGACAUCCUCGGCCGCCGCUCAGUCUCCUUCCUUCAGUGCCUUUUCUUCGGCCUUGAGUCAACACUUUCAACGCCAGCAACAACAGCAGCAGCAGCAACAACAGCAACAACAGCAGCAACAGCAACAGCAACAGAUGUCUUCGGCUGCCAUGUCGUCUUCUCUUCCUAGCCACUCUACCUUCAACCCCUUCCAACAAGCCCAACAUCAACACAACCCAUCCUCCCAGCAUCUUCAACAACAGCAGCAGCAGCAGCAACAACAACGACAGCAGCAGCAGCAACAGCAACAACAGCAAGAGCAACAACAACAACAGCAACAUCAGCAGAGAUCAAGGAGUAAGAGUCUGACCAUUCCAACACCUCGCAUCAUCCCACCAGCCCGAGUCCUGCCCCCACGCGCACCUCAAACCUCGGCUCCUCGCAAGUACCACGGCCGCCAGACUCGCAAGGUGCCGGUGGCUCCACCGGUACCCAAGGAGGUCGUUGACCCCACGCGCCGGGUGGCCCAUAUCAUCUCUGAACAGAAGCGUCGUGAGAAGAUCAAUGGUGGUUUUGAUGAGCUCAAAAGUGUCAUCCCAGAGUGUGCACAGAACACGGAUUCGAAGGCAACCAUUCUUAGAAAAGCGACGGACUACAUUUUACUGUUGGAGGAAGAGCUUCGAAAGUACACGGACAUGUAUCAAUUGGAAGCAGGAGAUCCAGAAUCGUCAUUGGAGGGCCAUGAGCGUGAACGUUAG